UCCUGGUGUUGGAAAAGAUGCGCAGUGUGCGCACUCGUAGCAGCGAGCCGCUCGCUCGCUCGCUCGCGCGCGCGUUGUACAUAACCUUCAAGCCUUCUAGUGAGCGCUUUGGCGAGGUCCAAGUCGAUCGCACGAUCGCCGUCGUUCGCACGACGACGUGACGUGACGUAACGUGACGAGACGUCAGACGCAACGUCACGCCGCCGCCGCCGCCGCCGUCGCUGACACCGGCCGACACCCGCUGCGAAAAAGGUGCAGGGUGGUGUCCUUGCGCUUUCGACAUACAUAGGACGACCGGGUGGAAGACGAGGAGGUAUAUGGACUGUCGAGAAAGGCUGCUCGCCCGUACGAAAGAUGGGUCAUGGAUCAAGCCGUUCUGCUUCGUCAAAUAUCCUUUCCACGGAGGAAUUGACACUAGUAGAGAACCUCUUUAAGUCUAUGUCCCGCAGCUCAGGUUCCAUCAAACGCGAGGAUAUAUUCAAACAUUGGUCGACACAUUUAGACGAUGCGUUAUUGCAAUUUGUGGUUCGAUUUCUCUGUCACGAUCCGGGAAAGAAGGUCUCGGCCAUCAACGGGGAGAACUUUGGUCGGCUCUACGUCUUUGCCGUACGUGGUAAUCCCGAGGAACGCACCAAUUUGAUCUUUGACGGUUUCUCGGAGGAGGAGCAAAAAUACGAAAUACCCACCGCUUCGUUCCUUCAGUAUCUUCAAGCAACGAUUAACUCUUACUUGCGACUACAAAAGAACUCUGGCAAUGCGCAUUACCUCACUUGGAGUAGCAUCGGCUGCACCGUCAACACCAGGCGCAUAGGGAUGCGUUCUCGCAGCCUUUGCGAGGAUCUGAUAAAGUAUGGGGAUGUGUUGACCGUUGAUCAAGUUGAAAAUUGGUUCAUGACAGCUGCCACGUUCAAGAAUAUUCAAUCGCACGUUUUUCAGUACCUUUAUCUAGUCUCUCAAAAGAAGGGUAGCGAUAAGAAUACGGGAGCGCGAAUAAACGAUCUAAAUCUUCUGCCCUUGUGCAAGGGUUUGGAAAAUAUACCGCACUUUCCGAGUAUAUUAGGCUUAGGAGAUGUUCUGUUCCUAAAUUUGAGUCUGCCGCACGAGUUACGUGAUGAAUGGCGGUUUCUAUUUUCGAGUCAGGUGCACGGCGAAUCGUUUUCGACCAUGUUAGGAAGGAUCGUGAUGCAAGGUGCCACGAUUAUCAUACUUCAAGAUACAGACGACCACGUGUUUGGCGGUUUCGCCUCGGACAAUUGGAAGCUAGGACCGAAUUUUAUAGGUAACCAAACGUCAUUCCUAUUCAAACUUGAGCCGGAUAUAUUGACAUUCUCAUCGACGAAUUACAACAAUCAUUAUCAGUAUCUCAAUCUCCAUCAGCAAACGAUGCCUAAUGGCCUGCUUAUGGGGGGGCAGCUUAAUUAUCCUGGCCUUUGGUUGGAUUGCGAAUACGGCACCGGCAAAUCGAGCUUGUCGUGCACGACUUUUCAAAAUUAUGUACAGCUUAGCGGUAAAGAAGACUUUAAAAUCAAACAUUGCGAGGUAUGGGGGGUCGGUCCAGUACCAGAUGCGGAAGAGGACAUACGCGAAAUGAAGUCUGUGUUGGAUCAAGAUCCGACAUCGAAGGUCAUGUUAGAAUUGUCCGGUCGUAAGUUACACAGUGAGGGACUUCGCGAGGAUCAAGAGUAAUUGUGAUAAAUAUUGAGAUUUUUAUGAGAAUUUGAGCAGGAGAAAGAGAGAGAGAGAGAGAGAGAGAGAGAGAGAGAGAGAGAGAGCGCGCACAAGCGAAAGAAUGCUAGUUGUGAAGAUAUUUGCAGAUAUUUAAGAUUGAUUAAUUGAUUUUACACAGAAUAAAAUCUAUAUAAAUAUUGUUAUCGAUUCUUAUAGUUAUAAUGGAAUAUAUGCGGGUAUGAGAAACGUAUUAAAAAACUCAUAAUUAUACUUAUAGUAAUAUUUACAAUAUGAAAGAGUCCUCCCAUUUUACACGAGUGUGUAUCUUUAGAGUUGAAACGAAUUCACGUGACAGCAACGCGAGAAAAACAAUUAAAAUAUACAUUGACAGAAACGAAUUAUAUUACGAAAAUUGUUAUGGAAGUUGAGUGAAAAAGUUCUGCUUGUCUGUUUGUAUGAAUGAAUUCCAUAUACACUUUUUACAGACUUGUGUGAGACUAUUUGUUUAUAAUUAUUUAAGUAUAUAUUAUUUAGGACUUUUGUCCCCUUUUAUAACGGCCUGACAUAUUUCAAUUCGCGAUUGUUUUUUUUUUUUUCAAUCAUUCAAUCAUAUUUAUCGUGCAAUUUUAUUAUGUCUACGUGUAUACGUGUAUCUAUGAAUUCAGUGCUAUGAUAUUAAAGAAUGCCGAUUGUUGCGUGGCCUGAAUGCCUAUUGUCUAGUGCCUGACGAGUCGUUAUAAUUGUUAAUUUAUUGUUCUCUGCAUAUGUUGAUUACUCAUAAACGAAUAACCGUGUGCCAUACAAAUUGCUUUUGUUAACUAAGACUGUAUAAUUGUUGUGCAAAGGAAUAUGCAAACAUUCUGAUCGUUUGCCAAUUAUAAAGUCAAAGGAAACCAUCGCACUAUUGUAACAACUAUUAAAAGUUCAAUAAACAAUCAAAAUCCUAUA